GUGUGGAAGGUCUGUCUCCAGCGAUCCUCUGAAACGCAUGGAGUGGACGAUGAACUCUCCAUAAAUGCUCGGAGCUCUCCCAAGAAACGUCCUCAUCUCGAGAGAACUCGUUUCUUCAAAACUUACUUCCAGUCUUUCCUCAUUCUCGUCUGUAUUGCUAUCUCUCACAAAAUGAGGUUUCUCUCACUCAGCAACGGCCUCCUCAUGACCGCCAUCCUCUCCGCUCUUCCACAGAUCGCCUUCGGAGCCCCAUGCGGCCGAGUGACAAGCGCCACGGGCAUCGAGCUCGAGGCCUGCCCGGGCGACCCAGAUCCAUACAUCACCCACAAGCUCGCACAUGAACUCGAGCAGAAAGUCGAACAGGACCGCGAGCGACGAUUGAAGAGCUCAUCCCGCCUUCGACUGUUGUUCUGAGGACAGAAUAAACGAACCCGAGUUUUCCGUCGAGAAGAUCCUGUCCGCAAGUUGAAGCUCGA